UUCCAUAUCAAUGUGCUGACAAAUGACUCGUCAUUUUGUCACUAUAUAGCCUUUGCUUUGUUCGUUUUCUAUUUGGCCAUCUUACACUCUCUCACACUUACCAGACUUGUUUAACUUUCUCACCAUUUUUUCUUGCUCCACCCUCUUCUCAAAACAAAGGAAGAUGGAUUUGAUAACUAAUGUGAGCGAGUUUGAAGCAAUUGCAAAACAAAAAUUGCCAAAGAUGAUUUAUGACUACUAUGCAUCAGGGGCAGAAGACCAAUGGACAUUGAAAGAGAACCGAAAUGCAUUCUCAAGGAUUCUGUUCAGGCCGCGAAUUCUUAGGGAUGUAAGUAAGAUAGACUUGACGACAAAUGUAUUAGGCUUUGAUAUAUCAAUGCCUAUCAUGAUUGCUCCUACAGCUAUGCAAAAAAUGGCUCACCCUGAAGGCGAAUACGCUACUGCUAGGGCAGCAUCAGCUGCUGGCACAAUCAUGACACUAUCCUCAUGGGCUACUUCCAGUGUUGAGGAGGUUGCUUCAACUGGACCUGGCAUUCGCUUUUUCCAACUCUACGUGCUUAAAGACAGAAAUGUGGUUACUCAGCUUGUGAGAAGAGCUGAAUCUGCCGGUUUCAAGGCAAUUGCGCUUACUGUGGACACUCCAAUUCUUGGUCGUAGAGAAGCUGAUAUUAAAAACAGAUUUACAAUGCCGCCACACCUUAUCUUGAAAAACUAUGAAGGAUUGGAUCUUGGAAAGCUGGAUAAGAAGACUAAUGAUUCUGGUCUAGCCUCUUAUGUUGCUGGCCAAGUUGACCGGUCACUCAACUGGAAGGAUGUGAAAUGGCUUCAAACAAUCACCUCAUUGCCAAUUUUAGUGAAGGGUGUGAUUACAUCUGAAGAUACAAAGUUAGCUUUACAAGCUGGAGUUUCUGGAAUCAUUGUUUCCAAUCACGGUGCUCGCCAACUUGACUAUGUGCCUGCAACUAUUACGGCUUUAGAAGAGGUUGUGAAAGCAGCAGGUGGAAAAAUUCCGGUUUUUCUUGAUGGCGGAGUCCGUAGGGGGACAGAUGUUUUUAAAGCAUUGGCUCUUGGAGCAUCCGGUGUAUUUAUUGGAAGACCUGUGGUGUUCUCGUUGGCUGCUGAUGGCGAAGCUGGUGUAAGGAAAGUACUUGAGAUUCUUCAUGACGAGUUUCAACUAACUAUGGCAUUAUGUGGUUGUCGCUCACUCAAGGAGAUAACUCGUGAUCAUGUUGUCACAGAAUGGGACCGCCCAAGAAUUGAUCCUAGGUUAUAAAAUGACAGAACUCCAUGCUGGAGCUUCUGAUAAUAAUAGGAAUAUUUUAGAGGAUCAUUUGUUCUUAUCUCAUUCUUCAAUAGAAAACUUAGUUUUGCAUUAUAAGCCAUGAGUGAUCCAUAAGAAACUUCUACUUUCAAUAAUAAUAAUGAACUUCUUUUCAAAA